AUGUUGGUGUUCGGUCUCGUUCUCCAGGUGGCCAUAAAGUCGAUCCGUAAGGAGAAGAUCCGAGACGAGCAGGAUCUGAUGCACAUGCGGCGCGAGAUCGAGAUCAUGUCGUCUCUGGCUCAUCCGCACAUCAUCAGCAUCGAUGAAGUGUUCGAGAACAAGGAGAAGAUCGUGAUCGUGAUGGAGUACGCCAGUAAAGGAGAUCUGUACGACUACAUCUGCGACAAACCGCACAUCUCUGAGAGCCAAGCCAGACAUUUCUUCAGACAGAUCGUCUCUGCUGUACAUUACUGCCACCGGAACGGGAUUGUUCAUCGUGACCUGAAAUUGGAGAACAUCUUGCUGGACGACAACUGCAAUAUAAAAAUCGCUGACUUCGGGUUGUCGAACCUGUACCAGGGUGAUAAAUUCCUGCAGACGUACUGCGGCAGCCCUCUGUACGCUUCGCCCGAGAUUGUGAACGGCAGGCCGUACAGAGGACCGGAGGUGGACAGCUGGUCUCUGGGCGUCUUGCUGUACACUCUGGUUCAUGGAGCCAUGCCUUUCGAUGGACAAGACCACAAGAACUUGGUCCAGCAGAUCAGCACCGGAAACUACCGCAAACCCACCAAACCUUCUGAUGCGUGUGGUUUGAUCCGCUGGAUGUUGAUGGUAAACCCAGUGCGUAGAGCUACUUUGGAAGAGAUCGCGGGUCACUGGUGGCUCAACUGGGGCUAUCAGUUCCCUCUACUGGCUCAGAGUGAACCUGCAGCUGCGGAUGAGGAGCCAGGACAUGCGGCCGCAGCGUGUCAAACCGGUGGCCCGACUCGUAUUGUGGACUGGCUACGCCGCACCUCUCGUCCACUUCUGGAGAGCAGCUCUAAGAUGCGCUGCCUGUUGCGGACAGGCGGGGCCACCGGAGGAGAACCAGUCCAGCGACAGCGCUCCAUACGCAGGUCGCGCAAAGAAAACAACGUCUCGCAGAGCAUGCAGGAAGCUCCUCGCCCAUCUAAAGGAAUUCUGAAGAAGCGGGGCAGCUUGAAACAGAAGGCGCCCAGUGAAUCCCAGGCUACACCCUUGGAGGAGAAGAGCCAGAACGCUUUGGCGCCGUCUGUCCUUCCUCCACCUCCUAAAGGCAUCCUGAAGAAGCCUUCGGAAGGCGAGUCAGGCUAUUAUUCCUCUUCUCCGGAGAGCUCCGGACAGACUCUUGGGAACCCAGAGCCACACCGCAAGGGCAUCCUCAAACGGCACGGCAAGUUUUCCGGCGGCCUGCAGGAAUUCAGCUCACUGGAUCAGCUUGCACCCUCCUCACCCACGGUGGUCAACAGAUCCCGACCGAGCGGCGCCAUCAGCGAGGACAGCAUCCUCUCCUCGGAGUCCUUCGACAGACUUGACCUACCUGACCGCGAGAUUCCAGUCGCCCCAAUGGAGCGACCAGCAGGUGGACGGAGGAUGCGAGGAUGCGUGUCCGCUGACAAUCUCCUUGACUUGAGGGAAGGGUCUCGGUAUCAGGGACACUGGGAAAUGGACAUGGCCUGCUACCGCGCAGAAGUGUCCGAUAGCGUGUUUUCAAUUUCUGACUGUGAAAACGUCACUCAGACUUACAAACAAGCCUUGGGAGCAACUGCUAGCUGAAACGCACAGGGACUGUGAUGUUCAGAAUCUGUCAGAGAUGAUGCAACUCCAGUUGUGCUUGGAAAAGGAACCUGGUUGGUAGCAAGGAACGUACUUGGAAAUGUUCUGGAGCAAUGCCAUGGUUUAGAGCAGUGGUUCCCAAUUCUAGUCCUGGAGAACCCCCAACACUGUCUCCCUAUUCAA